CUUUCAUUCAUGGGUGUAGUUUUUCUUUUUCAACGUCUGGUCUUCUUCCUUCGUUCCAUGUUCCCCUUAUCAUCCGUUAAUCCCAAUAACCACCCACCACCUACACUUCUAUCCACCAUUUUUCAUUUCCCACCACGAAAACUACGGAACCCAUCCCAUACCAUGCUCAGAAGCGAGAAAUUGUCAUCAUCUAUGUGAUUUCAAUCAUAUUAACACUUGAUUGUUAUCAGCAGGUAAAUAAAUUCAAGAUAAUGCUCCUGGGCACCACCCUUUUCCAUUCAUUGGAAAAGUUGAAUGAGCAGUGAUGCCCAUGCUUGGAGAUGGAUGGUUCCUUGUUGCUUGCAGGGCAUAGUCGCAGUAGCUGGGGCGUAUGGACAACCACAAGUCACAAAUGGUUGGAAUUCACUCCCAUCUCGAAAUGGGAUCAUUAGAGGAAAGAGCAGUGCUUGAGUUUGAGGACGAGAGUCUUUUUAGCCCAGACUCAGCUUCUAGAAAGACACAUUCCCGGGAGGGUUCCCUGGUAUUGGCGUCGUCUCCUGCUUCAGAAACUUCUGGUACUAAAUGCAUGAGUAAUAGCAUCUUCAAUAGCAUAAAGGUUGUGGUCUUCUCCACCAAAAUCAACCUACUUGUGCCCUUUGGCCCCGCGGCAAUUUUGGUGGAUAAGUUUACUAACAAUCACGGUUGGGUCUUCUUUCUUAGUUUACUGGGCAUAAUACCUCUGGCUGAGCGAUUGGGUUAUGCUACAGAGCAGUUAGCUUUGUUCACUGGUCCUACAGUUGGGGGUUUGUUAAAUGCCACCUUUGGAAAUGCCACAGAGUUGAUAAUAUCAGUUUAUGCACUGAAGAAUGGCAUGAUACGUGUUGUUCAACAGUCAUUAUUGGGCUCAAUUCUGUCGAACAUGUUGCUGGUGCUUGGAUGUGCAUUUUUCAGUGGAGGAAUGGUUUUUUCUAAGAAGGAACAGGUGUUUAGCAAGGCAGCUGCUGGAGUGAACUCAGGGUUGCUGUUGAUGGCAGUCAUGGGGCUUCUGUUUCCAGCUGUCCUCCACUUCACUCACACUGAAUUGCAUUUUGGGAGUUCUGAGUUGGCCCUUUCAAGAUUUAGUAGCUGCAUUAUGCUUGUGGCAUAUGCUGCCUAUCUUGUUUUUCAGCUGAAGAGUCAGAAAAACCUUUAUGUUCCAGUCGAUGAGGGUGGGGACCAAACUGAAGGGGAUGAAGAUGAAGCUCCUGAAAUUUCCAAGUGGGAAUCCAUAAUAUGGCUAACUAUUUUGACUUUGUGGAUUUCAGUCCUCUCAGAGUACCUAGUUAAUGCCAUAGAGGGGGCAUCUGUUGCAUGGAAAAUGCCAAUUGCAUUUAUUAGUGUUAUCCUGCUCCCAAUUGUUGGGAAUGCAGCAGAGCAUGCAAGUGCAAUUAUAUUUGCCAUGAAAGACAAACUUGACAUUUCCUUGGGAGUGGCAAUAGGCUCAUCAACACAAAUAUCGAUGUUUGGGAUUCCCUUCUGUGUGGUUGUUGGGUGGAUCAUGGGACGUCCUAUGGACUUGAAUUUUCAGCUUUUCGAGACAGCCACCCUUUUCAUGACUGUCAUAGUUGUGGCCUUCAUGUUGCAGGAGGGAACUUCCAACUAUUUUAAAGGAAUAAUGCUCAUCUUUUGCUAUCUGAUAGUUGCUGCAAGUUUCUUUGUACAUAUUGAUCCAACUUCUAUAGUGGAUAAGCCCUCUAAGCAUUAGAAAAUAACCAGCAAUGGAUCAUGGACAACGGAUCUCCUAAAGCUCAAGCUCCAUUUUCUGCACUGGGAAUGAGGGUUUUUGCAGAGGACAAUCCCCAGAGUUGAGUGAACUGAUGGGUUCAAAAGGUGGAAUUGCCAAAGCAAGUGAAGCAUUUCCCAACUUUCAGGAUGGUGUUGUUUGAUGAGCAGCCAGUGGAUCCUCCCUUGCUUCCCCCAGAUGGCUGGAUACAAAGUGUACUGUAGAUUCCAUAUUGAAUUUAAGAUAGUAGGAAAAGCAGUAUCUCCAAUGUAAUUUUACAAGUUGUACACCAAUUUUCUCUUGCUAACUCAUCUCAAAUAGCUAAUUUAUUCGGACUAGUUCUUGUUCACCAUUUGAUCUCCACGUGUAUAGGAUAAGGGCUUCCACCCUAUUUGAUUUUA